UUUCCAGAUAGUGGUGCUGUGCAUUCGUCAGUUUAAACUUAGCUUUCGAAUGAGGCAGACGUUUUGAAAUUUUCACUCCUGAUACAUUUGUACAAUAAACUUUCAUGCAAGUUCACUUGUCACUGCAGAGCAACAACACCAAAUAUCAAAUGAUAUACAUGCAAACCGUAUUAGCUAAACUUAUUUGAGAUCAGUCAGAAAGCGAAGAACAGACAGAAAAGGCAAACUACUCGGAUAGCUGUAAUCUAUAACCGCAUGCCAAGUUUUUUGCACGUAGCAUUGACAUACAGAUUGUUGUAAAAUAUACGAUAAAAAAAUAGGAAAAGCGGCAGGAAAUAGAAAACACUCAUUUAUUUUUCAUUCGAAUAAAUCAAGAAGAGAUACCAAAAACUGGAGAAGAAAAACUUAAUUCCUUUUGUUAAAAAAUAUAACGCAUGAAUAGUAGUACUUCAUUGUGUGGACAGUACAAAGUACAGUAUCAGAAGUUUAUUUCUGCGCUUGAAACAGAUUAAAAUUGCGGUUUAAUUAAUUUUUGUGAUAAUUGAAACAAAAGGCUAUAAAACAUAAAGUGUUUCCAAUAAGUAACUAUAUUUCCCUACUCUGUGACACGUUUUCUUUUUCUUUCUUUUUUUUUAAACAUUUCCGUGUUUUAACAUAUUCAACAUCACAUUUGAACCAGCUGGUGUGCAUCAUGUCAUCAAUGAUAAAGGCUUCGAAAAACUCAAGCGAAAUGCGAGAGUUGGCAUCACGAAUUUGUCGUGACUAUUUGACAGGUGCCUGGAAGACGAUUUCAGCCUCUGAUUUACAUAUCAAACGUAUUAGCGGUGGUCUUUCGAAUUUCUUGUACUAUGUUAGUUUACCAGAUGAUUCCGAUUCCUGCAAUAAUGUGAAGAAUAUUAAACGCCCAAGAAAGGAUGCAUCACUCCAAGAACCAAAAGAAGUUUUGUUGAGAAUUUACGGUCGCACUCAUGGCGAACAGGCCCUAGAAACUGUUCUCACUGAUACCGUGGUCUUUACGUUGCUGAGUGAACGAAAGCUUGGACCAAAGCUACAUGGAAUUUUCCCCGGUGGCAGAAUCGAACAAUAUAUCCCAGCCCGACCAUUGGCAACUCAUGAACUGUGUGAUGCCAAAAUAUCUUGUAAAGUAGCAGAAAAGAUGGCAAAAAUUCAUGGCCUUAGUAUACCCGUCUCAAAGGAACCAGAUUGGCUUUGGAUUACGAUGGAUCGAUGGCUUUUAAAUUUCGAGCAAGUCCUGAAAAAUUACAAGACAAAAAAUACAUCUGAAUUGGAAAUAUUGGACGAAGUGCGUAAAAUUGAUUUUAAAAGUGAAUUGACGUGGCUAAAGGCAACGGUAGAAAAUCAAGGGUUUCCAGUGGUGUUUUGUCAUAACGACCUUCAAGAGGGAAAUAUCUUAUUGAGAGAGCAAACAUAUGGGCUAUCAUCAUCACCCAGUAGCUCCACUGAACAGCUCAGUUCAUUUUUCGAUGACACAACUAUAUUAGACGGUCACUUUGAUAGACACGAUAGCUUCAACGGAAAUUUAAAUUCAAUCAACAAAAUGCAUUCGAGAAAACGUUCAUUAAGUGACUGCCCGGAUGAAGAUUUGGAUAAUACACGUGACUCGCUACUCAGCGAUCAAUCACAGUUCUCAGCUGAAGCAAAUAACGAGCCAGAACUAAUGAUCAUCGAUUUCGAAUACUGUGCCUAUAAUUAUCGUGGAUUCGAUUUAGCCAAUCACUUUAUUGAAUGGAUGAUUGAUUAUACGAUCAAGGAGUACCCGUUUUUCUCCUACGUAAGCGAGCAGUAUCCGAACAAAGAACAACAGGAACGAUUUUUGAAGGCUUACUUGAUGGAGUUGUCAUCGAAGCCCGAUUAUUCGCCGAGCACGGCAGAAAUUGACGAGCUCAAAAAUGAAGUCUUGUGCUUUACAAUGGCGUCACAUUUAUUCUGGACUCUAUGGUCGUUUGUGAAUGUCCAUCAAGACAUUGAGUUCGGUUAUUGGUCGUAUGGGCAGAAGAGGGCCGCUGCAUAUUUUGCCGCCAAAGAAGCUUACAUAAAAGCCAAGGGGUUAGAUUUAAAACGAACACAUACACUCGAUGAUCGCAAAUGAGAAAAUGAAAUUUAAGUUUCGAAACGCAUAACAUUCAUUAAAUUGUAUAACUCUCGUGAAAACAAAUUGAAAUCAUGGAAAUGUUGUAUGUCCAUAAGAGCAGAAACAUUUUUUUGGAAAUGUCUCUUGAGCAAUCGAAUUGAGUUAACGAAUUCAAUGCAUACUUCUUCUUGUCAAAUGCAAAUGCAUUGUUAGAUUCCCUAAUUCAUUGAUCAUCUACUGUGUUUCCAAUCAAUCAUUGAAUUUCGAUUUAAUAUAAAGAAAUUUUUUCGAUCGAAUUUAGAUGGAUUGAUUUUCAAUGAAUGGCAGAAUGAACAAUUUGAUCGUUAAGCGCAAGGGCAUAUGCGAUUUAUUAUGGUUUCGGACUUUAACUUUCAUGAAUCUCAGCUGCAAACGUUAAGUGAUUUUGAAAUUGGUAACGGUAUAAAUUAGAGAUCGUACAUUUUUCUUCACAGCGUACACAUGAACACCUUUUUAAAAAAAUAAAUAAAAGCUUUUUAACUGUCGAAAUAAAUUACGAUUUAUUCAAUAAACGAAACUAAGUUGAAAAAAA